CUAAAACACCUGUUGGAAAGCAUCUUUUGCAGCGAUUUUUGUGUGAGCAUAUCAGUGAACACCCCUGACCACUCGGUUCACCCCUCUCAUUAAUCGCACAAGUCGAGCGCCGAGGGUAUCUUCACAGGCUGAAGGAUUUGCACUAUGGCUACAAUUCGCUUCGGACAGCACAUCAUCAAGUCAUCGGCUGUGUUCCUGCAGACCGAGUUGUCGUUCGCCUUGGUCAACCGAAAGCCAGUCGUGCCCGGUCAUGUUUUAGUCUGUCCUCUUCGAGUUGUCGAGCGGUUUCGGGAUCUUCGUCCGGAUGAAGUGACAGAUCUGUUCAUCACUACACAGAGAGUGGCAGAUGUUAUCGAGAAACACUUUCAGGCGACCUCCUUAACAAUCGCUGUACAGGACGGACCUGAGGCGGGACAGACAGUAAAGCAUGUCCACGUCCACGUGCUGCCGAGGAAGCCUGGAGACUUUGAAAGGAACGACAGCAUCUACGAUGAGCUCCAGAAACAUGACCGGGAGGGUGAAGAUGUUCCUUCCAAAUGGAGAUCAGAGGAGGAGAUGGCCAAAGAAGCAUCUGAAUUGCAUAACCUUUUCAAUUAACCUCUUUAGGAGUGACGACUAUUAUUCAGAUGGACGACAUCAACAAGUUGAUCAUAUUCUUCUGUUAAACAUCAAAUUAAAAUGAUUUUCUUUUCA